CGAAUAUUUGGUCCACCUCUCCACCCAAAAAACCCAAAAAAAAAGGAAAAUUCGAAAUAGCGUUGAAAUUCCGCGUACACGGAAACACGUUACAUCGACGCGGCAAAUCCGAUUGCAAAAACCCAAAGCCCCCGCCUCUCCCUCUCUCUCUUCUCUUCUUUUCUUGCAGUUGCAUACUCACAAUUUCACAACAUACAGCUUUCUGUCAAAGUUCAAUUGCAAUGGAGAAUUCUGAAGCCCAUGCGUUGGGUCUCAGAGAUCGCAGGCCGGAUGCUCUCGGAAACUUCCGAGCCCUCCCUGACGACCUCAUCUGUGACAUCUUGGAAUACCUGACCCCUCGCGACGUUGCUCGUCUCGCUUCCGUUAGCAGUGUGAUGUACAUACUAUGCAAUGAAGAGCCGCUUUGGAUGAGUAUAUGCCUUAGCAGACUAGAUGGUCCACUUCAGUAUAAAGGUUCCUGGAAAAAGACGGCACUGCAUUUAGAGCAUGUACCAUAUGAAUGUGAUGAGGCUUGCAGAAAACCACUUAAUUUUGAUGGAUUCAACUCGUUGUUCUUGUACAGAAGAUUUUACAGGUGCCAUACCACAUUAGAUAGUUUUUCUUUUGACGAUGGGAAUGUGGAAAGAAAGAAAAACCCCACUUUGGAAGAGUUUUCUCGUGACUAUGAUGGGAGGAAACCGGUUUUACUCACUGGAUUGGCUGAUGCUUGGCCUGCAAGGUGUACAUGGACAUUUGACCAGUUAUUGCAGAAUUAUGGAGAUAUAGCUUUCAAGAUUUCGCAAAGGAGUGCACGCAAAGUCUCAAUGAAAUUCAAAGAUUAUGUUGCAUACUUGAAGAUUCAGCAUGAUGAGGAUCCCCUGUAUAUUUUCGAUCACAAGUUUGGAGAGGUUGUUCCGGCCCUGUUGAAAGAUUACAGUAUACCUGAUCUAUUUCAAGAGGACUUUUUUGAUGUUUUAGAUAGAGAGAAGCGACCUCCAUUUAGAUGGCUCAUUAUUGGGCCACAGAGGUCUGGUGCCUCUUGGCAUGUUGAUCCGGCUCUUACCAGUGCCUGGAAUACGCUACUAGUCGGACGUAAGAGGUGGGCCCUGUAUCCUCCAGGAAAGGUACCUCUAGGUGUCACAGUACAUGUAAACGAAGAAGAUGGUGAUGUCAAUAUUGAAACUCCAUCUUCACUGCAGUGGUGGCUAGAUUUUUAUCCACUUCUUGCUGAUGAAGACAAGCCAAUAGAGUGUACCCAACUGCCAGGGGAAACAAUUUUCGUUCCAAGUGGAUGGUGGCACUGCGUCCUAAAUCUGGAACCAAGUAUUGCUGUUACUCAGAACUUUGUCAAUCCCAAAAACUUUGAGUUUGUGUGUUUGGAUAUGACACCUGGGUAUCGUCAUAAGGGAGUUUGCCGUGCUGGAUUACUUGCACAUGAAAAAGGCAAUUAUGAGGAUGCCACAGAUAAUAUACUAUAUGAUAGAGAUGAUUCUAGUUUCUCAGAUCUGACUAGGAAAGAGAAAAGAGUCAGAACUCUCGAACCUGUAGAAAAUCAAAGAAGUGGAAGUAUGAGGAAUGGUGCCUAUAAUGACCAUAAUUUACAACAAAAAAGUUACCAGGGUUUUUCUUAUGAUGUCAAUUUCUUAGCCAUGUAUCUGGACAAAGAGAGAGAUCACUACAACUCUCCUUGGAGCUCAGGCAAUUGCAUAGGGCAACGAGAAAUGAGGGAAUGGUUAUUUAAGCUUUGGUUGGGAAAACCAGGAAUGAGAGACUUAAUCUGGAAGGGAGCUUGUCUUGCACUAAAUGCGGAGAGAUGGUUAGAAUGCCUCACAGAAGUUUGUGCAUACCAUAAUUUGCCUUCUCCAACAGAAGAUGAAAGGCUUCCUGUUGGCACGGGCAGCAAUCCUGUUUAUCUCUUGACCAACUAUGUAGUCAAAAUUUUUGUUGAGGAAGGGCUGGAAACCUCGCUUUAUGGUUUAGGCACUGAGCUUGAAUUUCACAAUCUCCUAUGCAACUUCAACUCCCCUCUGAAAAAUCACAUACCUGAUGUUUUGGCAAGUGGGAUCAUUUAUCUUGAACAUGGAAUUUAUAGAAUUGUACCUUGGGAUGGCAACAGAGUUCCUGAUGUGAUUGCUAAGUGCAAUAUUAUUCCUGAGAAGUUCAAAUCAGAUGUUUUUCCUUUUGGUGUAUGGAGUAAGAAACAAUUUGAAUGCAGAAAAGCAUUAUAUGAACCCAUCAGUGCGACUAAAGGCACACGGAUAUGGCCAUAUCUUAUAACAAAACGGUGCAAAGGGAAAAUAUAUGCAGAGUUAAGAGAUACCAUGCCAUUUGAAGACACACUGAACUUAGCAUCCUUUCUGGGAGAGCAGCUCUGUAACCUCCAUCUCCUGCCCCUUCCACCUCUCAGCAUCUCAAAUGUCUCAGAUGUUGAACAGGAAAUAGAUCUGCCCUUGACUAACGGUUGUAUGGAGGCUGUUCCUGAUAAACCAGAAAUUCCAGCUGAAUGGAAUAUUUUCAUCAGAACUCUAAUCAGGAAGAAGAAGGAUCUCUCAGGUCGCUUGAGUAAAUGGGGAGAUCCAAUUCCUAGCACACUAAUAGAGAAAGUCAAUGAAUACAUCCCAGAUGAUUUUUACAAGUUGCUUUACAUAUUUGAGGAUGAAAAUGGCUUAAACAAAGUCGGUAAACUUUGUUCCUGGAUACACUCGGAUAUCAUGGAUGACAAUGUUCACAUGGAACCAUGUGGUGUUCAUUCUUGCUUGAUUGGGAACACCAACGGCACUGACCUGGUAAAUAAUGGUUUGGUGAAUGUCAAUGGCUGCAGUGCAGGGAGUAAAUCAUGGCGUCCUAACCACAUUCUUGAUUUCAGCGAUCUUUCUAUAGGUGACCCCAUUUAUGAUUUGAUACCCAUAUACUUGGAUAUAUUUAGAGGUGAUCGCUCUCUCCUUGAGCAAUUUUUAAAAAGCUAUAAACUUCCUCUAGUGAGAGGAGUGUCACAGAAUGAGUCUGUUAAGGGUGGCGAUAAGUUUGGACGGCUUUCCUACCAUGCCAUGUGCUACUGUAUUUUGCAUGACGACAACGUCUUGGGAGCUAUUUUUAGUCUCUGGGACGAACUCAAGACGGCGAAGACAUGGGAAGAAGUUGAGCAGGUAGUAUGGGAAGAGUUGAAUAAUUACAAAGGUUUCCCUGGAUCAUCUUCAUCUUCUGCAUUUCUCUCUUCGUUGGAGCCUAAAACUUCCACAAUAUUAUAGCACUUUUGGGAGCAGACAUUCUUCAUUGUGUAACAUGAUUAUUUUUCGCAGCAUUGACUGUUGCUAACUUAUUGUCUUGUCACUUCAUAAGGUCAAAAGUUUCAGGAAACUUUACUUAUUUAAAUAGAUUUUAAUCAAUUUAUAUUUUGGAAAAUGAUCAUACCAAUAUUAAAAUUGGGAUACUAUUUGCCUC